AUGAUUAAGCGACAAAUUUUCUCUCCCCCGCCUCAGCCUUGCCUUGGAUGUUGCUCGCUUGAUGUUCUAACGUGUUUGUUUCUGUCAGGUUGCCUCCCCCCUGGUGUAGCCGGCGGUGACACUGAGUCCAUUCAGCCCAGAAACCUCGUGCAGUUCCGCAAUAUUAUUGCGUGCGCCAUACCAGGGAUCUGCCCACUUUCUCCCUUCGCGAACUACGGCUGUUACUGCGGGUAUCGUGGACAGGGGACACCGGUGGAUGAGCUGGACAGGUGCUGUCAGACACACGACAAUUGUUAUGGCGCGGCUGAGAAAAUAGGCUGCAAAAGUGUCUUUGAUCCCAUACCUGUGUUCUACACGUACACCUGUUCAGAUAAGACCGUGACUUGCAACAGUAACAAUUAUAAAUGUGCGAAGUAUGCCUGUGAAUGUGAUCGCAAAGCGGCCGUUUGCUUCGCCAAAGCAUUUCACACGUACAAACCCGAAUACUGGAAAAUGGAUCAAUCCAUUUGUAAAUAG